CUUUUAGUGCCAUCCCACUACCUUAUAGUUUCUACGUCUUUAGUUGCAUAUAUGGUGACAAAAAAAAGUGAGAAAGAAACGAGAAAUAUCAUGAACAAGAAGUAUACAAAAUAAAAGAUCAUUAGGUAUAUGCUUUAACAUCAAAAAAGUCAUAAAUACACAUGCGCGUUACUCCUGGUUACGAAGAGUACUCGAUCCAAUUAGGGUUAACAUGCGCACAAUGUACGAAAACUCAUCAAAAAAUAAUGAGCUUGACAAAGUAUUUCAAAGUAAAAUAUCAAACGUUCUACACCGUAUAAGGUUUUGUGCAACAUGCUACCAAUCAUAGCUGGUUAUUUUGUGAUUGGAUCUUAAGGUGGUAAAUUGUCAGCGAUUGUAAAUAACUAUCAACCUGAUUAUUUCUAAUUUUAGUAAGAACAUUGUAACGAAAUAUUGGCUUUAUAAGUCCGUGAUGUUUUAUAAUUAUCAACUGUAAAUCAAGUUUUUUCAAAAUGGCAGAGAAUCUCUCAAAACGACCUCCCAAAGGAAUUUUGAAAUCAUCUAGCAGUUUCGAUAAUCCGGAUUUACCUAGACCAAGCAAAGAAAGUAAAGAAACAAAAUGGGAUGAAAUGAACAUAAUAGCAACAUUGCAUCCAGCAGAAAAAGAUUAUGGUCACAUGAAGAUUGAUGAACCAAAAACCCCAUACAACUAUGAAGGCCUGCACAAUGAUUUUGAAUUUGAUCAAUUAGAUACUACUGCUGUUGCUGCCAAGUUAGCAGGAGGCAGUAAACCAAAAAUAUUUGAAGAAUCAAGUGAAGAUGAAGAAGAAAAAGAAACACCUGAGGAAAGAGAAAAACGAAAAGCAUUUGAAGCAAAAAGAAAGAGCCAUUAUCGAGAAUGGCAAGUUGUUCAAAUGGCUCGAAAACAGUUACUUGAGCAAGAUGAAGAAGAUGAGGAUGAAGACGUAGAAGAACAUGAAGAUAAUGAAGAAGAGGAUCUGGAAAAAGUGGAAGUUGCUUCUUUUCCUUCAGAAGAACAGAUUAAUUAUGAUGUUAGAUUCAAAUGCAUGCCAUCCUGUGAUACGACAAAACAAAAGUGAUAUGAUAAAGAACGUUCAUCAAUCACUGAAACUUAGAAUUCAUUUACUUGACACUUUGAGUUCACGAUAAAUUUAUUCGCCAUGAUAUGACGGUUGAUAAAGUAACUCUCUAACUGCUCUAACAAUGUCUAUUUUCAAUUAGCGAAACGAUUAAGUUAAUAAAUUUUUGUAAAUGAUCGA